UGAUGGCAGAAAUGCAGCUUCAGAAGAAAGGGAAGAAGGCGGACGAUGGGAUCGGUAGCGUGUUGGACUUCCUGUUGGCCAACGCCAGGCUGGUGCUGGGUGUGGGAGGGGCCGCCAUGCUCGGGAUCGCCACACUGGCGGUGAAGCGGGUAAGGAUCGGUCGGGCCGCCUCUCCCCCUGAUGAGAAGGACCCCGAGAUGAAAGCCGAGCAGAAGUCCAUCGAGGAGAGCUGGAAGGAGGCGGUUUUGUUAAAUGUUUCUCCGAAACUCGCGCGGAAGGCAAAGCGUGCCGAUCUCAGCGCUUCCUUACCACCCCCGGUGCCCAGCCAGCCUGCUCCAGACGCUGCCAUUGCUGCCGCGCAGAAGACUAUCCCCGUGGAAGUGAAGAAGACCCCCAUCUGCUUCACCCUGCAGGAGAUGCUCCUGGACUAUUACAGGACUGAGGCCUGCGUGCCGGAACCUCAGACAGACGCAGUCCGACAGCUGGUGCUGGACAUCAGGAACGAGCUGCAGGACUUCCUGAAGGCCAAGCACCCCGAAAUGCUUUUCUCUGCCCUGCAGCUAGGGGGCGCGCUGGGUGACGGACUGCCCUUGGCCUGCAUAGACCACACGUGCUUGCUGCUGCCGCUGAUCCUGGAGCCCCAUUUGUGGACUUUUGUUCCGGGUCAGACGACGAUCCUGAAUGACCCUCGGUUCUGGAUGAUCAAGAGGGUCAACCUGGAGUACACGGCCCGGGGAAGCAGCCCCUGGGAUCGCUUCAUGUUGGGGGGCUACCUCUCGACGCAGACUAUCGUGGAGUCCUUGCACAAGGUGAUUGUUGGGUCCAUCAACUGGCCGUCCAUAGGGACAGUAUUGGACUGCACCAUAAGGCCCCUCAUUAACCCCAACGACCUUCAACUGGAGGUGACCCACCAUGACUUCACACUAACCAUCGACAUUCUCCCGACGGCUGAGACCAAUGACGUGCUCCUGCUGGCUUACUCUCACGCAACGGCUCCUGCCGAAAACCUUUGGCACAGAAGCUUCUACCUCCAGGAAACGACCCGGCUGCGGAACCUGGACAGCGCCGACCUAGGCGUGCGACAACAAUGCCUCCAGAUUCUAAAGAGCGUCUGCAAAAAGCGGCCCGGCCUGGCUCGGCUGUCUUCCACCCACCUAAGGCACGUCCUCCUACAUGUCAGCAAGGAGCCCUCUGAUUGGGCGGAGGCUGCUUUGUCUGAUCGCUUCCUGCAAGUCAUCGAGUCCCUGAUUGGAUACUUGGAUGGCGGGUUCCUCCCGUGUUAUUUCGACGAGGCCGUCAAUGUAUUUUCUUCUCUGACGGAGGACGACAUAGACGAGAUGGGGUACGGUUUGUAUCAGAUUUUCUCCCGGCCGGAGUCGCUGAUGAACAAAUGAGACGCCUCGC